AUGAUGGCAAGAAAGAUGGCGUCUGCCAGCAGGGUGGUUCAGUCAGUCAAGCCACAUACUCCAUGAAUAAGGGUGUCUCCUGACAGAAGAGACAAUCCUAAACCCAAUGUAUCAGAAGUUUGGGGAUCAGCAGGACUACCACCUCGCUCUUCUUCACUUUCAUCAGAGCAUUUGAAGGGAAGGAAAUCACCAGAUUUGCUGAUGCAUCAGGGUCCACCAGACACCGCAGAAAUAAUAAAAACGUUACCUCAGAAAUACAGAAGGAAGCUUGUGUCUCAAGAAGAAAUUGAAUUUACCCAACGCAGAGGUCCAGAAUAAUCACUGACAGUG